AGUGAAUGCAUCGCCUUUCGUUCUUCAUCACUUUCCUCGCUCAUUCGUUCAGCCGCCAAGUUGAAGGCACCUGCUUCAUCGGCACCCGGGCCUUUGUGAAACCUGUGACUCUGUCGGCGUCGUCACGGGCUGCAGGCAUGUCAACAGCGCUGCUCGACAACUGGUCCCUGGAGCAGGAGGGCGGCGACGCAUCAAACACGCCAGAACUCAGUGAGAUCACACACGAACAAACAGCAGCAGGACAGAGAGAGAUGUGCGCGUUGAUUGUCUGUCUGACUGUUCGAUGUGGCGGUGAAGGUGACGGCUAUGGAGGCAGCGGGCUCACUUACCCCCCCGGCGGAGAAUACAAAGCCACAUGUAAAAAGGAGAGGCAGGCAAAGAUCACACACACGGGGUGGCCUGGCCCAUCCAUCGGUCUUGCUGUUGCUAUCCAUCCAUCAGUGAUAUGGCUGCACGGCCUGGGCGACACAGCACGUGGCUGGGGCCCCCAGCUGGCCGACCUGCUUCGGCGCAACAAGGGCACUGAGCUCGAUCACGUCAAGCUCAUCUUGCCCACCGCGCCCACGAGGCGCGUCACACUGGUCGGCCACGCACAACACCAGACAGCACGGCAGGGCAACUCACGAGGCAUGAUUCGAACACAUGCAGAAUUUUGGCAUGGCGAUGCCAGCAUGGUGGGACAUCAAGGGUCUGAACCCCGACCAGGCUGACGUGCCGGAGCACCUCGACGAGUGCCUCGCCCGCCUGACCAAGAUCAUCGAUGGGGAGAAAGACAAACCCGUCGUCAUCGGUGAGCAAAUGACAACAACUGACAGGCGAGGAAGCAACGAUUCCAUUCCGCUGUGUGUGUGUGUGUGUGUGUGUGUGUGUGCAGGUGGUUUCUCGCAAGGCGGUGCGCUGGCGGUUCACACGGCAUUGAACUACGGGUCGUCUGAGGCCGUCAAGGCGUGUGUGGGUCUGUCGUCGUGGCUGCCGGUGGCCUCGUCAUACGACGGCAACACUGACAAGGUGGAGGCCAUCAAGAGGAAGCAGCUGCCAAUGCUCAUGUGCCAUGGCACCGGUAACACAGUCCGGGCGCAAUACAAGGCACUGCGCAACACCGACCUACGCACAAAGAUCCAUCGUAUGGUGCGUAUAUUGAUUGUAUACAUUUGGUGUGUGGCAUACAGCUGACCAGGUGGUUGCAUUCGAUUGGGGCGUGAGGAGCAGGGACUUCCUCAUCAAGACACUCGGCGUGGACGUGCAGGUCGGCCGGCCACUCAUUCACAUCUAUCAAACAGUCUGCUCACCUCACCCUUUUGGACUGACGUCUUUGGGCGUGUGUGUGUGUGUGUGUGCAGUGGGAGACGCUGAAUGGUGUUGGCCACGGCUCGAGUGAAGAUGAGAUGCGCUCUGUGGCCAACUUCCUGCAGAGGGUCCUCAGCUAGCAGCCCCGUCGCUACCCUGGUGCGAAGUGUAUCAUAUGAUAGAAGGUGCGUAAUGCGGCUAAAGCACAAUGAAUUCAUUCAUUUCUGCAAUCAAUCAGCCAGUAGUUUUGACUGACACGUCACGUGUGUGCGUGCAACCUCCUGUGUGCUGUGUGUGUGUGCGCUGAUGUUGGCACACCACACCCAGCCUGAGUGUUUUGACUGACUAGCUUCCACGACAUGAUUGCCUGCCUGCCGAAGAAGCACAGACAGCACCAACAUGCUCCCUGUGUGUUGGUUCAUCCGUCCAUCCGUCCGUCCGUCCACUCAUUCGGAGAGUCCGGCAGCAUAGCAUGUGCAUCCAAUACGCUCGUGUCACUCAUCCCAUGCAAUCAAUCACCC